CUGACCUAACGAAAAUAUAUAGAAAAACUGAGAUAUCUAAGAUGUAUGCUGGGGGAAAGUUGAUUUUCGGAGGCAGUGCUCUGAAUGGCUAUGGCUUCAGCAAGACCAACCUCCUGAAGCAGAUUGCCAAAACCCAGAGUGACUAUGCCAAGGGCAACGUCCUACCUCACGAUUACAAACUGGGAUCCCAAGGCUGGGAGGCCAAGUGUCCCCCUCAAACUGAGCCAGCAGGACGCAGUAAAGGGGACAGGCAAAUGGAAGAUAGACCCCUCAGAUCCCGAUCUUCCUGCUCCCACUACAAGGAGAACCGGUUCCCUGAUAAGCUUCAAUCCAGGUCUCUAGGGGGCACGGCCCUGGACUUUGUGGUGUCCAGCAUGUCAGACAGGGUGUGCAUCCUGGCCAUGCAGAGCAAGAGGCUGAGCAUAGCCAGACCUGCCACCACAGCCUGAUGCAGUGCCACUGACACCAGAGGGAUGAUAUUUGUUACUCCUCCCUCCUUUGUCAUCUUCUCCUGACUCAGGACAUUUUUCAUCAGGAUGG